AACCAGCUGCAGUACAUGCAGAACGUGGUGGUGAAGACUCUGUGGAAACAUCAGUUCGCCUGGCCUUUCUACCAACCUGUGGACGCCAUAAAGCUCUGCCUGUCGGAUUACCACAAGGUGAUCAAGAACCCAAUGGACAUGGGAACCAUCAAGAAACGUCUGGAGAACAAUUAUUACUGGAGCGCCAGUGAGGCCAUGCAGGACUUCAACACCAUGUUCACCAACUGUUACAUCUACAACAAGCCGACAGACGACAUCGUGCUCAUGGCUCAGGCUCUGGAGAAGAUCUUCCUUCAGAAAGUGGCUCAGAUGCCUCAGGAGGAAGUGGCUCUGCUGCCGCCAGCGCCCAAAGGGAAGAACAAGAGCAAGCAGCCGGCUGCUGCCACCACAGCCUCCCCUCCCCCCUCCUACCCCUCCCCUUCCCCCUCUCAGACCCCUGUUAUCUCCACCACGCCCACACCUGUCCAGGCCACGCCCCCCGUCUCUGCCCCGCAGCCCCCGGCAACCAUGAUGCCAUCUGCACAGCCUGUUGUCAAGAAGAAAGGUGUGAAGAGGAAAGCCGACACCACCACUCCGACCACGUCCGCCAUCUCUGCUGGUCGCGCUGACUCUCCGUCUGCUCAGGACUCUAAAUCGGCCAAGCUGGGCUCAUCCCGCCGCGAGGCCGCCGCCCGCCCCGCUAAGACCCGCCGUGAGACGGGCGAGGAGGUGGCAGGGGGUGAAGUGGGAGGCGGAGGAGGAGGAGCCAUGGGGAGGAAGAGUGGGAAGGUGGGCGAGCAGAUGAAACAUUGUGACGCCAUUCUUAAGGAGAUGCUGUCGAAGAAACACGCCGCCUACGCCUGGCCGUUCUACAAGCCGGUGGACGCCGAGGCGCUGGAGCUGCACGACUACCAUGACAUCAUCAAACACCCCAUGGACCUCAGCACCGUCCGGAAAAAGAUGGAUAAAGGAGAGUACAACGAUCCCCAGAGUUUUGCGACUGACGUCAGGUUAAUGUUCUCCAACUGUUACAAGUACAAUCCUCCAGACCAUGAGGUGGUGGCCAUGGCCCGCAAGCUGCAGGACGUGUUUGAGAUGCGUUUCGCUAAGAUCCCAGACGAGGGCCUGGAGACGUCGGUCCCAUCUACGACACCAUUGGUCAGUAAAAGCACCGCCUCCUCUGACAGCAGCAACAACUCCUCCUCUGACGAAUCGUCUGACUCUGAGGAGGAGCGAGCCACGCGAUUGGCUGAGCUACAGGAGCAGGUUGGUGCUGCCGAGCAAUCACAGUUGAAGGCGGUGCACGAGCAGCUGGCCGUCCUGUCCCAGGCUCCGGUCAGCAAGCCAAAGAAGAAGAAAGAAAAGAAAGACAAGGAGAAGAAGAAAGACAAAGACAAAGACAAAGGGAACAAGGGAAAGAUGGAGGAAGAGAAGAAGCCGAAGGCUGUCGCCCAACAGCCCAAACCAGCCAAUCAGAAGAAGGCGCCGGCCAGGAAAGCCAACAGCACGGUGACCGCCACCAGGCAACCGAAGAAAGGCAGUAAGACGUUGGGCGGGGGCUCGGCCAACGGAGACGACGGUGAAGAGUCUUCCCUGCCGAUGUCGUACGACGAGAAGCGCCAGCUGAGCCUGGACAUAAACCGGCUGCCGGGGGAGAAGCUGGGUCGCGUCGUCCACAUCAUCCAGUCCAGAGAGCCAUCACUGAGGGACUCCAACCCCGACGAGAUCGAGAUUGACUUCGAAACCCUCAAACCCUCCACCCUCCGAGAGCUGGAGCGCUACGUCAAGUCCUGCCUGCAGAAGAAGCAAAGGAAGCUACUGCAGAAGGCAGCAGGAGGCGGGGCCUCAGGAGGCGGGGCUAGUCGUUUGAGUGGCAGCUCUUCUUCCUCCUCUGAUGACAGCUCCUCAACAGGAACCUCCUCUUCCUCCGACACAGACUGA